AUGCGACAGUCGGCCUCGGGCGUGGACUGGCGCGUGAUGCGAGCGGCCGCCGCCGUCGCCUCCACCGCGAGACCGGACCUCGCGUCUCGGGGCGAGGAUGCGGGAAUCGGCUUCGGCGCAAUACCCGUCACGAAAAUAAUAGGAACAGCGAGUGCACCUCAGAGGCACGGCGCGACGCGGUCGGUGCGAGCGAGACGCGGA